UUCACGAAUCGAAAUCGCAAUCGGCCUUGACUCAAUCGGCUCUCGCUCUCCGCAUCUCUCGAGUCUCGACUAUCGACCGGCUCUUGGCCUCUCGCUCUCGCAUCUUAUGACUUGUGAGGAGUGUUGCUGCCAAUAUCUGUUUGAGUUAUACAAGAAAUUCUAGUGAAAGAGGACGAAAAGCAGUGUCAUCUACUUAUCUUAUACUUAACCCUUGAGCAUCUGCAACAAUAUUUGAACAAAAAUGGCAGUCUAAAAUCAAUUAGUUCUUGACUUCCCCAAGAGCUACAGUUUUUGAUGUCCUAUAAUCAUCAAGCCUAAGAGAGGCACUAUGGUUGAACCUCUCCCUCUAGUCUCAUCUCUUUCUCCGUCAGUUCUCUCUUUCCUUGACAGCAAUCUACUUACUGCCAAUGAUCUUCAACAAGCUCCUCGACUUGUUUCUGAGUUGCAGAAUGAUUGUCAUCUUUUGGAGCAGAGCCUCACGGAUCUGAACCAAAGCCUGGGUACCUGUUUGCUUGCUUACUCUACAUACUCGGAUCAAGUAGGUGUCCUCUUUAAUGAUAUAAAUGCCAAAUUGAGCAGUUUUCAAACUUCUAUAUCAGAUGGGGAGGGAGGAGAGCAAAGGGAAAGAUCAGAAGCUUUCUUGUGGAAGGAGUUGCCGGCACUUGCUCGUGAAGUGGCUAGGGUUGAGGCAGUUCGAGUGUAUGCUGAAACAGCACUGAAACUUGACACCUUGGUUGGAGACAUUGAAGAUGCCGUCUCGUCCAGUGUAAACAGAAAUUUAAGGAAGCAGCCAUCUGCCGAGAAUUCAGAGGAAGUACGUUUUGUUGCUAUUAGUGCUCUUAAACUGGCAGAAGAUGUUCUAUGUAAAGUUUCUAGGACACGCCCUCAAUGGUCCCGCCUUGUCUCAGCCGUUGAUCACAGAGUGGAUCGAGCAUUAGCCAUUUUGAGACCUCAGGCAAUUGCUGAUUAUCGAUCUCUUCUUGCCUCCCUUGGCUGGCCACCACCUCUGACCACUUUAAAUCCCUCUAAUCUAGAAGCAAAGAAAUCAGCUGAAGCUACAAAUCCCCUUUUCACGAUGCGGGGCGAUCUCAAACGUCAGUAUUGUGACAGUUUUCUUGCACUAUGCAAAUUACAGGAAUUGCAAACACAAAGAAAAUCUCGACAACUCCAGGGGCAAAAUCUUGAAAUUACUUUGCAUCAGCCGCUUUGGGCUAUUGAAGAGCUUGUAAAUCCUAUAUCAAUUGCAUCUCAACGCCAUUUUGCAAAGUGGACUGAGAAACCUGAGCUUAUUUUUGCUUUAGUAUAUAAAGUUACUCAGGAUUAUGUUGAUUCAAUGGAUGAGUUAUUGCAGCCACUGGUUGAUGAAGCGAUGCUGUCAGGUUACUCUUGCAGGGAAGAAUGGAUUUCAUCCAUGGUAACAUCCUUGUCGACAUAUAUGGCAAAGGAAAUUUUCCCCAUGUACAUUGGUCAGCUGGAUGGAGAGAAUACUUCUGAAAAUCGAUUGCAAGCUAAAAUAUCCUGGCUACAUGUUAUUGACUUAAUGAUUUCUUUUGAUAAAAAAGUCCGAACUCUUGUAGCUCAGUCGGGAAUCAUGUUAUUGCUUGAGGAGGAUGGGAACAUGCAAAAUAUUUCUUCUCUCUCUGUUUUCUGUGAUCGACCUGACUGGCUUGACAUAUGGGCUGAAGUAGAACUCAGUGACACAAUUGAUAAGCUGAGUCCUGAAAUUGCUGAUGAGAAAAAAUGGUUGAUGGAAGUUCAAGAAUCAGCUCUUGUUUUAGGUUCAGAAGAUUACAGGUCGCCUGCAAUUUCGAGUGCAUUUCUCAGGCGCCUAUCAUCCAUUAUUGAACGCUGCCGGUCACUUCCAGGUGUUCCAUUGAGAGCAAGGUUUAUUAGAUUGGCAGGUGCACCAAUUAUACACAGGUUUUUGGAUUCCUUACUUCUUAGAUGCCAAGAAGCCGAAGGGCUGACAGCCCUGACUGAUGAUGAUGCUUUGAUUAAAGUGACAAAGUCUAUCAAUGCUUCUCGAUACUUUGAGUCUGUUCUAAAGGAAUGGUGUGAAGAAGUGUUUUUCUUGGAAAUGGGAUUGGAUCAUAAUAAACUGGGAAUACCAGUUGGUGAGAAUAGUUCAGGUGGUAUAAUUGAUGAGGAAAUAUGUAAUCUGGAGAAGUUUAGAACUGAAUGGAGUGAGAAGUUAUCAACGGUUGUUUUAAGAGGGUUUGAUGCUUGCAGUCGUGAUUAUUUGAAGAACAGGAAGCAAUGGAUGGAAAAGAGUGAAGAAGGUUGGGCAGUUUCCAAAUCCUUCAUCGUGGCACUUGAUUAUUUGCAGGUGAAGAUGUCGAUAUUAGAAAAGAAUUUGAAUAAGAUGGAUUUUGUUGGAGUCUGGAGAAACCUGGCAACUGCUAUAGAUUGUCUUCUUUUCAGUGGUAUUUUUAUGAGUAAUGCAAAGUUUUAUGAUGGGGGUGUAGAAAGACUUGCCAACGAUCUGAUAGUUCUGUUUGGGGUUUUCAAAGCUUGGUGUUUAAGACCUGAAAGCUUCUUUCCAAAAUCAAGCGAGGGGUUGAAAUUAUUGAAAAUGGAAGAUAAACAACUCCGGGGUAGUGUAGGAGGAGGAGAAAGGUGGCUUAGGCAGAACAUGAUAAGGCAUCUGACUGCAACUGAGGUGGAAAGAAUUGUGAAGAGUAGGGUGUAUAGCAACUAAAUUCCGUCAAGAUAUGAAAUUUCAAGUUUUUCAGGUGCAGCUAAAUCCGUCAAGGUAUGGUAACGAAUACAGUUGGCUAGAACUCGAAGCUGGUAGCAAUGCUUGUAAUUUCGAAACGAGCCCAUUAAGCUCAUCAUCUCUGUUCUUAGAAGGUCUCGUUCUUCGGCUAGACAUGACGACACUUGAGGUAUGGCUCUCUUUUCAGUUUUAAUAUUAACAUGGAAGUUGAAAAGUUUGCAAAACUUGUGCUGCUUAAAAAGGCAGUGGGAAUUAGUAGUAAGCUUGGUGACAAAUGAGUUAGAAAAAUACCAUAAUCAUACCAACAGGUCUGUCUGGUGCUGAUUUAUAUAAUCUUGGGUUGGGUCCAAAUGUUUUCACUCAAUUACACUUUAUGGGACCCACAACAUUUAUGGGUGUUUGGGGUGGUUCAGCCAUUUCUGAUACAUUUAACCUGCUGUGUGCAUUGUAGACUAAGGGUCCAUUACAAGUAACUGCAGAUGUUUAAAUGCCACCUAUAAGAUACUUUGUUUCUGGUUU